AUGUCCUCGUCCGCGUUCCUCGACGCCUUUGACGACGCGUCGCGUGCGCGGUCCGGCAUCUUGACGCCCACUUCCGAAGGCAGCUUGAAUCGCCAAGAUGAAGCUUCUUCGCCGCGCCGCCAUGCGAGGAAGUCGGGAGUGGCCGUCACCAUGGAGCAGCUGCUCAAGCCAUCAAUUGCUGUAAAGCCGCAUCCGCCUAAUUUGCAUAUCCCGCCCCGCGUGCUGCAUCCGUUGAUGCUUCUGCCCCGUGAACACCUACCGCUGGCGUAUAUGGACUUUGCAGCUUCCAGCGGCGAUUUCCCCCAGUCUCGAUUUUACGAAUCCUACAUCCAUAUUCUCGAUCUCGAAAGUCGCCUGGGCCCCGCGCCCAUUGUGCUCAUCGCGCGCAAUGAAUUGAGGGGCACGACCUACGCCCUGGAGCGACAGUCUAAUGGGCUGUACGUGCUUUGCAAGCUGGGGUCGUGGGCAGACUUGGAAAGCCUGGCGCAUAAUGCCACGGCCGUCAGAUAUGAGCGCCUGUCUCCCGUGAAGACAGAGCGAGUCGAGCGCCCUGAUAUCGAAGCACUUACAACCCCUCAGCUGCAUGUCGAACAGAAGAAGAAGAGGGCUGCCAUCGAAGCCAUCCAGUCUCAAAUGAGGAAGCGUGUGAGAUCCCAAUCUGUCUCGACUGUCGGAAUCUUGGCCAAGGAAGAAGAAUCACUGGAACCCGAAUCAUUGCUGUCGCAGCUACCAUCACCCGAUAUGAGCUUGGAGCAGCUUCCGCUGCCGGGAUCCGAGGACCAAACCAACCUCGCUCCCAUAGUUCAGGGUGCAGAUGAUAUUUUUGACAGCAUCAGAACUCAUUAUUUCGAUGCGCUGUACAAAUCCAUGGGAUCCCUUGCCUACUUUGCCAAAGGACCUCUAUCACGAGCUCGGUCGACUUUCCACUUGGAUUUGGAAUCGAACUUGGACAUGGCUGAUCUGAUCGAAUUCUUGAAGAGCCUCAUUCUCACAACCGUCCAGAUCGACAAAAAGUAUCGCGAAACAAUUCCUGAGAUUAUCACCAAGCUGAAGGACCGGAUUGAGAGUUCUGAUGAAGGCCGCAAGCGCAAGCGCAAGCCCAAGAAGAUGAAGCUUGGCAAGAGUGGACUAUAUCCGCUGGAGGACGAAAACGUUAUGCGGUGGUGGGCUGCGAACAAGCCGGAGCCAAAUGAUGAGGUUGCCAUCACCUCGUCACAAGUCAAGUCUCAUGUUUCCAUAUUACGAACCAGGGAGACUAAGCUGCAAAUGAUCCUCAUCAUGGAGAUUCUUGCCCUGGAGCCUCUCAAGGCUGCUGGUGAAAGCGGCGAGGCUAUGCUGCCCACUCUACCCGGAGCUGCCAUUUCUGGAGACCUGCUGGAGAAUGCCCUGCACCCUCAGCCGAAGAAGAGAAACAAGCACAAUCUUCCAGUGCUGCUGGAUGUCCACGCUGAUCGGCUAACUAUCUGGCAAUCAACGGCGAGCGACGAGCAGCUGCUGCUUGAAGACGCACCAUCUUUGCAAACGCCGCUGGAUGGCAGCCUAGAAAAGAAGGCAUCGUCCGAACCUCUGAGAGACUUUUGCGUCGAUGUUAUUGUACCUUUCUUUUCUGCACGCUUGCCUGAUCUCUGCGACUCAAUCAACCGAAAACUUGGAGGUCCUGUGAUUAUAGCCCCGGCAAAGUCCAGGGCUAUGAAGAAGCCUUCAGGCCUGCGAGACCAGAGGCCUGGUGCUGCAGCCAAGCGGCCUCAGCCACCGAACGCCCGCAAGACGCUGCAGCGUGCCCUCUCUACGGAACAGCAGAACCGAAGAAGUAUCUCGAGGGGCCCCAGUAAUGCCAUUGCUCUUUUGCGAUCAGCCACCUCUACUACCCUUCCGACCGUCAAGCGGGAGAGCUUGGAUUUGUUGGGACCCAUGUCAUUGCUUCCCGACUCUCAGAGAAGGGCCCAUUCUCUGUCGCGAAGCAGCAGCAUGAACAACCUGUUUGAUGCUAGAGCUAGUAAAAAGGCUGAGGUAGAUGCUGAGCUUAAGGAGGCCAUUUCAGCGCUGAGGAAGCCCAACCGAGAGGUUGUAAGCAAAGCAAUAGCCGAAGCAGCAGAUGAGCGUCGAACCUCGGCCAAUUUGGCUACUAAGAAACUGAAAAGGGCACCCCCUAGGAGCACUCCGGCUUCAGCUAUUCAAGUUAAGGCCACACCGGCAAACAAUCGGUUCAAGAACAUGAUGCCAGCCAAGCAGGCAGAGGGUCAAAAAUUCGAGAGUUUUGAUGAAUUAAUCCCCCCGUCUAGUGUGACGGCCUUUGUUCCAUCUACAGGCAAGCGACCUACUCUCAGAGAGCUGUAUAAGCGCAGCCCAUCUCCAGUAAUGGAUGCAAUAGGCGACACACCGACGAAGACUUCGGCGAAGCCCAGCUUCCUACGCCGACCGAUAAAUGAACAGCCGGCAUAUCCUCCUUCCUCCCCCGCCAUACAGAGAACGCGGGCACCUGAAGAUUUCGUUGUAACGGAUAGCGUGGUUAAACCUGCGAGAACUGGAUAUGAAGCUCCCGACUUGAUUGAGACGCCGAUCAAGAAAAGCACACAGCAGCGGCUUGAUUUAUAUGCAACUCCUCAGACAAAGCCGCAGGAGCCAAAAGAGAAGAGUGUGUCUAUUUUUGAGAGACUUGGAUGGGAUGACGACUUUGAUGAUUUAUGA